AUGAUUCAGGUCAGGUUCCCAAAGGAGGAGCAAAGUGUUACCCUGCUGAGUUUGCUGACAAGAGACGCUGCAGAUCGCGCAUUCCAGGUAAACGUCUUUGAUGGCGACGACCUGGAGGGCACGUUCGCCCAGUUACGUGAGCUGCUGGACACGCUGCUACAUCCCAUCGAAUAUCAGACACAAUUCCACGCUGCGCGCCAGGAUAUGGGCGAGACCACCGAAGCAUACGCGUAUCGUGUGAGGCAGCUGGUGGCGAAAGCGGUUCCGGGGGACACCAGCGAGGGGCAGGAGCGCAGCGCAAUAGAACGCUUUGUCGAAGGAGUAGCCAACCUUUCUGUGAAGAAGAGGCUAAUUACGAAACCCAAAGAAAGCUUUAACGAGAUCGUGUCGCUGGCGCGGGUGACAGAAAAGCUUCAACGGGCCGUUCAAAAACCUGACGCACAAUGUUGGGUCAUCUCCCAACAGCAGCCGCCCCAGCGCACAAACCCAUGGGCAUCGAGGCCGUAUCAUCAACCAGUGGCCGGGCGCCCUUACCUCCGAGACGGCGGUGGAUGGAGACGCUGGUCUAAUACCGAUGAAAGAUCCGAACCGAACCAUAGACAAGCGGUAAAUCGAACGCCUCAGGAAGAUGGAAAUUCGGACGACACCAAUUCGAGUGAGUCAGUUGUCCCUGCCGAUUGUUUGCCCUCUGAUAAAAUGUUUUGCGUUGACAUACACGUGGAAAGAUAG